AUGGCACCCGAAAAGAAAACAAAGGAGCCUUUUUGGCUUGGUGGUGCUGCCGCCUGUAUGGCUGUUUGCUUCACACACCCUUUGGAUCAAACAAAAUAUCGAAUGCAGGUGUUAAAGUCAAACUCUUCUAUGCUCAAUGUUUUAUACAGAUUUGCAGCAAGAGAUGGCAUCCCGUCUCUAUGGACUGGUCUAUCAGCAUCCAUCCUCCGUCAAGGAACAUACUCGACCGCUCGAUUCGGUUUCCACACAUAUUUCUCAGAUAAGCUUAGAGGAUAUACAGGCAAGCAGCUAUCAGUUACACAAAACAUCGCCUGUGCAGGUGUCGCUGGCGGUGUUGCAGGACUAGUUGGCAAUCCAGCUGAAGUUGUCCUCGUCCGUAUGUGUGCAGAUGGCGCAAAGGCACCUGGACAACAAUUUGGAUACAAUCACGCUUUGAAUGCUUUGGCCAGAAUCUACAGUGAAGAGGGAAUGAGGGCAUUCUGGAAGGGUCUUGCUCCUAAUAUUGCGAGGAGUGCUUUGAUGAAUGUCUCCCAGAUUGCUACAUAUGCCUCUGCUAAACAAUAUCUCGUCGCCAACGGCUUCGGGGACGACGUAAAAACCCAUGCCAUUUCAUCCUUAGCAGCCGGAACAAUGGCGACAACCAUCUGCGCCCCAGCCGACGUCCUCAAAAGCCGAAUGCAAUCCAACGCCGGCAAAGAAGGUCUAGUACAAGUUCUCAGAGCCGGUCUCCGCGAAGAAGGUCCCCGGUUCCUCAUGAGAGGCUGGACACCCGCUUGGCUAAGACUAACGUACGUUGCUCAAUCCUCCUACAUGUGA